CCUCACUUGAAAAAAAAACAUGUUUAGAGUUAAGGCAAAGACAAUACUGUACGCUGCCUGCAAAGACAAUACUGUACGUUGUGAAUCUACAAUUCACCCAGAAGCAUAGGAGCUCGACGUUGUGCUCAACAAUGUACUUGGUUUCUAUCCUUUUUGCCAGUUUGGCCAUCACACCGCUAGUUCUUAAAACGUUCUUCCCUUACUUCUGGAAAGAUGCAUUAUACUUCGCGAACUUGGUUCGUAUUUUUCUGAAGCUUGUUUUACGGAGGAGGAGAAAACCGUUAUUUUUGGUUUUGGACCGAUUUUUGGAGCAGUCGGUCACGCAUGCCGACAGACCGUUCAUCGUGUUUGAAAAUAAAACCUAUUCGUAUCUGGACACGGACAGAAGAAGCAACAAAAUAGCCAAUGCUUUACAGAGGCACUCGAAGCUGCGACCGGGGGAUACCGUGGCUCUUUUUAUGGGAAACGAACCUGCCUUCAUCUUCACCUGGCUGGCCCUGGCCAAACUGGGAUGUCCCGUAGCGUUUCUCAACCAUAAUAUCAGAUCUAGAUCUCUGCUGCACUGCUUCAACUGUUGCAGCGCCAAGCUGCUCAUAGCAGCCGAAGAGCUGCAGGAAGCGGUGGAGGAGGUGCUUCCAUCCCUGAGGGAGCAGGGUGUGUGUGUCUACCUGAUGACUAAACAGUGUGACACACCUGGCGUGGAGGGGUUCUCUGACCAGGUGGAGGAAGCAUCGGACACACCUCUCCCUCAGGCCCUCCGCUCAGACAUCACCUUCAAAAGCCCUGCUAUCUACAUCUACACCUCUGGGACCACAGGUCUGCCUAAAGCAGCAGUGAUUACUCAGAACCGGCUGCUGGUAGCCCUGGCCGUGCUGGACUCCACCGGUAUCACACCAGGUGAUGUCAUCUACCUCAACCUGCCCCUCUACCACACUGCCGGCUUCCUCAUCGGCUUCAUCGGAUCUAUCGAGACAGGCUCCACCAUCAUUCUGAGGAGGAAGUUCUCAGCCUCUCAGUUCUGGGAUGAUUGCAGGAAGUACAACGUUACGGUGGUCCAGUACAUAGGAGAGGUGUUACGCUACCUCUGUAACACACCUAAGAGAGACAACGACAGAGAGCACAAAGUCAGGCUGGCCAUUGGUAACGGUGUGAGAGCAGAGAUAUGGAAGGAAUUCCUGAACCGCUUUGGCAACAUCUACGUGAGGGAGUUUUAUGCUUCAACGGAGGGCAAUGUGGGAUUGAUCAACUACACCGGGAAGAUAGGAGCUAUCGGACGAGUCAACUACCUGCACCGGAAGCUGUUUCCUUAUGCUCUGAUUAAAUACGACACAGAGAGAGAUGAACCAAUCAGAGACUCUACCGGACUGUGUGUAGAAGCUCCUAAAGAUGAAACAGGACUGUUGGUGUGCAAGAUCACAGACAUCGCUCCUUUUGUUGGAUACGCUAGCAGCCAGCAGACAGAGAAGAAGAGACUGAGAGACGUGUUUCAGAAAGGAGAUCUGUACUUUAACAGUGGAGACCUGCUGAAGAUAGGCCGGGACAACUUUAUUUACUUUCAGGAUCGAGUCGGAGAUACAUUCAGGUGGAAAGGAGAGAAUGUGGCCACAACUGAAGUAGCUGACAUCCUCACCCUGAUAGACUUUGUCCAAGAGGCAAAUGUCUACGGUGUUCAAGUACCAGGUAAA